GCUCGGAGGUAUGAAAGCAGCCUUUGCCACGGUCAAGAAGCAGUCGAUCUCGUCUGUGCUCUCUGCUCUGGCUGGAGCUCUGGGCUGGCAGGAUGAGGCUGGGGACCUUCAGGAUCUUACUAGUGCUCGUCCACGUGUCAGCAGCCUGUGAGUUCGGGCCCUUCCCUUACAGUGUCACAGGGAUCGUCUGCAGGAUGACCAAGCCCGCUGCGUUGCUGCUGAAUCAGGAAACAGCACAGGUCAUUCAAGCAGCAUUCAGAAAUGCCAAGUUCCCAAAUAUCACUGGGGAAAGGUCCAUGCGGCUCCUCGGCAAGGUGGCUUAUGGGCUGACCAACAUACAGGUAAAUGACUUAUCCAUCGAGCAGAGUGAGGUGGAGCUCAAGGAGAACGAUGCCAUUCACAUUGCCAUUAAAAAUGUGACAGCCUUCUUCAAAGGGACCCUGAACUACGGCUAUGCUGGGGCCUGGUUUUUGCAGCUUUUUCAUUCAGUUGAUUUUGAAAUCGAGUCUUCCAUUGACCUCCAGAUAAACAUUAAGCUGAUGUGCCAGAAGGACCAAGUGGCUGCCGAUGCCUCGGACUGCUACCUGACUUUCCACAAACUCAUGCUUCACCUGCAAGGAGACAAGGAACCCGGCUGGCUGAAGCAGCUCUUCACGGAUUUCAUCUCUUUCACUUUGAAGUUUGUUCUCAAGAGUGAGGUGUGCAAUGAAAUCAAUUUUCUUGCCCAGGUGCUGGCAAAUUUUGUACAUGAUUUAGCAGAAAAUUUUGUCCGGGAUGAAGGUAUCAGCGUCGAUAUCUCCCUUGCAUCAGUUCCUUUAAUAAAAGCAAAUUACCUAGAAUCCCACCACAAGGGCCUUGUCCUGUACAAGAACUACUCUGAUGUCUUCACUGACUCUGUUUUCUCCCCGUCGUUGCUGACUGAGUCCCGGAUGCUUUAUUUCUGGCUGUCUGAACACAUCCUCAACUCUCUGGCUUCGGCAGCUUUCUUAGACAAGCGCUUGGAAUUGACCAUCAGAGGAGAGGAGUUGCAGGCGCUGUUUGAAAUGGAAGAUACGGAAGCACGGCAGAAUGUGGUGCAGAUGAUUUUUCAAGGCACCUCCUAUAAUGACUCUGUGGCCAGGGUAUGGAGUCUUGCCCAUCCCCAAAUCUCUGUUCAGCCUGAAGGAACAGUCGUGAAGUCCUUGGUAGCAGUGGAGGUCAGCACCCUUCUCAUGGGAGAAGAGUCCCUGAUGGUUCUGUACAUGGAGAAGGAAAUCACGGUCACCAUCCAAGCUGCCUAUGCAGAAAAGAAACUAAUUUUGCACCCUUUGGACUCCAGGAUAGAGUUUAAAGUCUUUAACUGCACAGCUGAUCCAAGUGAGAAUGACCCAUCCAUAAGAAACUUCCUGCAGACAAUGAUCUCGGUUGUUGGGAUCCCAGAAGUGAUUUCAAGGAUCGAACCAGCUUUGACUUCACUGAUGAACAGCAAAGGGCUUCAUCUAUUUGAGAUCAGAAAUCCUGAGAUCAUCACAAGAAAGGGAUACAUAAUUGUACAACUUGACUUUAGCUUCCCAAAUCAUUUGCUUCUUGAUUUUCUUCAGAAUACAUUCUAAAGCUGAUCUCUUCUUAAAGGAGCCCAGGAACUUGUGUACAAACAGGAAGAUCAUGUGUGAACCAGUUAAAAGAUGAGCUGAUUUAAAUGAGUUUCAGUUUAAUUUUCUUUCCUU